CAGCUAAUAUCACCGCCACAAAAAAAAAAAAAAAAAAAAAAAAAACUUUCUUUACGUAGUAAAAUAUUAAUUUGUUUCUGACUUUCUUACUGUAAAAAAUACUCUCUUUUCUUUUCCUUUUUUUAAAUUCUUCAAUGGAAAAGUUAAAGUCUUUUAAAUCUCUAUCUCCUGUUCAUCAUCUUCAUCGUGCUAACUCGCCUUCACACCCAGUUGAAGAACGUCAAAAUCUCUUAAAAGAAAACCAAAUGGAUACAACUGAUGCCAAAGAAGUAGUCAUCAAACCAAACAUCAAAGAAACCUCAAAAACAUCAAAAGAAACUGAACUCUCUUCUUCUUCUUCUUCAACUUCAAAAAACAAUGCCAGUACAGAUAACAAAAUAUACAGAGAUUCAAGUUACGAUUUCUCUAACGAUGCAGCUAUGAAACGAAUGAGAGACAACCAUAACAACAAAGAUUUCGAUUUUGUAACGGAAUCUCCAUUUUCACAGCCAUCACCGUUAUCUAGGGUUGAAGAAAGUCCACCAAACAACCAUGGUGUUCUUACACCAAGAGAUGUUCGUGUUUCUUUUAACGACAACCUUAACGGUAACGGAUCAGUAAGACGCCGGUCUAAUUUGAGUACUACUGGACAAGGUUUACAAGAUGAGGUUUUGUUAUGCAGUUCAAGUUCUUCAUUUAGGAGAAAGUCAAAUUUGUUGACUAAAACUUAUACUAAGUCGAGAUUAAUGGACCCACCUGAACAAGAUCAAAGGUCACAAAAAAUUACAAUGAAAUCUGGGUUUUUAGGUAAAAGUAGUGAAUUUGAUGAUGAUGAUCCUUUUUCAGAUGAGGAUUUACCUGAAGAGUAUAAAAAAAUGAAGUUUAAUGUGUUUUCUUUUCUUCAAAUGGUGAGUUUGAUUUUGAUUAUUGCAGUUUUUGUUUGUACUCUUACUAUUAAAAUUUUUAAGGGAAGGAGGAUUUUUGGGCUACAAUUAUGGAAAUGGGAGUUAAUGGUGUUGGUGUUAAUUUGUGGGAGAUUAGUUUCUGGGUGGGGGAUUAGGUUGGGGGUGUUUUUUAUUGAGAGGAAUUUUGUUUUGAGGAAAAGGGUGUUGUAUUUUGUGUAUGGAUUGAGGAAGUCAGUGCAGAAUUGUAUUUGGUUGAGUUUGGUUUUGAUUGCUUGGCAAUGUAUCUUUGAUAAGAAAGUUGAGAGUAUUACGAAUACGAAGGUGUUAAGGUAUGUGUCGAGAAUUUGGGUGUGUUUAUUGGUGGGAACGUUUAUUUGGUUGCUGAAGACGUUGUUGGUGAAAGUUUUGGCUAUGUCGUUUCACGUUACUGCGUUCUUUGAUCGGAUUCAAGAAGCUUUGUUUACUCAGUAUGUGAUCGAGACGUUGUCGGGCCCGCCAUUGGUUGAGAUUAGGAUGGAGCAAGAAGAGGAGGAAAAGGUUAUGGCUGAAGUGCAAAAACUUGAGGGUGCGGGGGCCACAUUGCCUCCCGAUCUCAAGGCGAGUAUAUUUCCAAAAAGACCGAUUGGGACCCCACGUAAGUCUACGGCGGCCGCUACUCCUAGGAGUCCUGGAUUUUCGAGAAGUACGUCUACUAGGAAGGAGAAACCAGAAGAGGGAGGGAUAACUAUAGAUCAUUUACAUAGGCUGAAUCAGAAGAAUGUUUCUGCUUGGAAUAUGAAAAGGUUGAUAAAUAUCGUUCGUAAAGGUGUACUGACAACUUUGGAUGAGCAGCUUCAGCAGUCGGGUGAUGAUGAUGAAGCUUCAGUGGAAAUCACAAGUGAAAAACAGGCAAAAAUUGCUGCCAAAAAGGUUUUUAACAAUGUGGCAAAGCCUAACUCGAAGUUCAUCUAUCUGGAGGAUAUAAUGCGUUUUAUGAGAGAAGAUGAAGCUUUGAAAACAAUGCAGCUCUUUGAAGGUGGAUCUGAAGCCAAAGGAAUUAGCAAACGCACGUUGAAAAAUUGGAUGGUGAAUGCAUUUAGAGAGCGGAGAGCUCUUGCUUUGUCUUUGAAUGACACAAAGACUGCUGUGAACAAACUGCAUCACAUGUUGAAUGUCUUAGUGGGGGUUAUCAUAGUGGUAGUCUGGCUGCUUAUACUCAAAGUUGCCACUACACAUUUCUUGGUUUUUUUGAGUUCUCAGGUUCUUCUGGUCGUAUUCAUGUUUGGAAACACGGCCAAGACGACGUUCGAGGCAAUCAUCUUUUUAUUUGUGAUGCACCCAUUUGAUGUAGGUGAUCGUGUUGAAAUUGACGGAACUCAUAUGGUAGUUGAAGAGAUGAACAUAUUAACUACAGUUUUCCUGAGAUAUGAUAACCUGAAGAUUGCAUAUCCAAAUAGUGUCUUAUCUACAAAGCCCAUUAGUAACUACUAUCGCAGUCCAGAUAUGGGAGAUGCAAUUGAAUUCUGCAUUCAUAUCUCAACUCCUAUGGAAAAAAUUGCGUCAAUGAAAGAGAAAAUAACAAGGUAUAUUGAGAACAAAAGUGAUCAUUGGUAUCCAGCUCCAAUGAUUGUGAUGAGGGAUGUUGAAGACUUGAACAGGAUAAAGUGGUCAGUGUGGAUUUCACACACAAUGAAUUUCCAAGACAUGGGAGAGAGAUAUUCAAGGAGAGCUGUUUUAGUUGAGGAAAUGGUAAAGAUAUUCAGAGAGCUAGAUAUCGAAUAUCGUAUGCUACCUGUCGAUGUCAACGUUCGUAAUAUGCCACCAUUGUCGUCGAGCAGAGUCCCCUCUAACUGGUCCAUUUGUGCUUAAUUGAUUUUCACCAGAGACCAUGAAACAAAGGUGAGUUUGUUAAUGAAGCAUUGUAUUGGCCUGUUUUCAUCCUGGUGGCCAAUAUUUAGAGAGUUUGUGUACAUAAUAAACUGGUCUCUUUUUUUGGUAGUUGAAAAUUGGGUAAUUUGAUACCUGACAUUCCAUAGAAACGCGACAGUAAUAUAGUUAUGAAUAUCUUAAUGACUUUUUAGUAUCUAAUCUUAUAUUUGUCCUGAGGGCUGAGAAGUGCGAUCUUUCUAUAGUUGGUGACAAAAUGAUAAAGCAUUUGUCUACUGUUAUCUCGAAUAAGUUUGGCCUGAA